UCGCGCUGCCAUGUCAAUAAAGCAGAUAUUUUUGUGUGCGUGCACUAUUUUAAACGCUAUACGAUGUGGCGCCACAUUGUUGCAAUCGGAAUGAAAAACAUAAGUAAAUAAUGCGCCGAACCAAGGAAUGACAACCUCGGAGGGACAUGCUUCUUUUGUCAACUCGUCUUAUCUGAUCUCUCAAAUAUGGAUGCAGAAAUGGAUUCUCAGAGGAGUGUGACCGGCGAAAGCCAAUCCGAAGGCGGAUCGGCUGAGCUCUUCUGCAAAACCCAAGAGGGAGAUUGUUUGCUACAAGGAGACACGGCCUCUCAAAAUGUAAUGGACUGCGGGUCUUUAAGUGGCUUCGGCGAUCCUCCACUUGUGAGCAAUACAAGUAGUCCAGCCCCUGCGCAGUGUCCGAAUGGACAAAAAUCAUCAAAGAGGCCCAGUUCUCCCGGCCGUCACCCUGUGAAAACAACCUGCGUGGUCGUACGCUCCCCAGACCCCAAACCGGCCUCCAGCGUCAGUCCGAGGAAGGGCCCGUCGCCCAACGACGUGGAGAUGCAAGGUCCCGGCAGUCCCGUUGGUAAAACAAUGCUCGUCAACAACUUGGAAGGAGACGGCAGCACUUGGGAAGAAGAGUGCGCAGAGACUCGGAGAGACAAAUCUCAGCACUUGGUUUCAGAGCCCGACCCCGAACGUUCGGCCAUGGGAGCUGGAGAUGCCGUGGCGGCAGACUGUAGCGACCUAUCAGAUUUAAGCCAGGACUUGAUUGUCGACCAGUCAGGCGCCACUUGUGAAAGCAUUGGAUCCCCUGGGCGCGAUGUGACCGGAAGAUGGCUCGGGACCCCGAUAGAUGAGCUCAACAGGAUGCCCCAGUGUGCUCCCCCACUGUCUCGCCCGAAAGCCGCCCCUAGCCACACUGUCACAGUUCGGACAGAUCUCCUCAGAGAGGGAGAGGUGCCCGUCCCGUACCCGGGCAAGUUCAGAGACGCGUGGGAUGACGUGUCCGUCAAGAUGCCUUGCUCUGAGAAGAAUCUGUUUCCAAUGGAGACGGAGGAUGGAGGUGGUGUCCAGAGUCGGUGGGAGUUAAUCCACUCAGCCUUGCAGGGAGGUUUCAAAAGUUCUCUGGAUGUGAGGGAUGCUAUCUUGAGGUACAACACGGCACACGCAAAGAAAUGGGACUUCACCGCCCUCAACCUUCUUUGCACAGAGUGUCUGGAGCAUUGCGAGGUCCAGCACCUUUACGAGGCCGUGCUGCCUUCCAUGGUCAAGCUGGCCCUCAGCGCUCCUCGCCUCUGCACUAUGCCAAUCCCCCUGCUGAAGUCGCGGAUCAACCAUUCCCUAACAAUGUCUCAGGAGCAAAUCGCCUGUCUUCUGGCCAACGCCUUCUUCUGCACAUUCCCGCGACGCAACUCCCGCAAAUCGGAGUACUGCAACUAUCCCGAGAUCAACUUCAACAGGUUAUUUGAAGGCUCCUCACUGCGAAAAACUGAGAAGUUGAAAACUCUCAUCUGCUACUUUAGGAGGGUUUCACAGACCAGACCAAAGGGCCUUGUGACAUUCACAAGACAAAUAAUGAACACACUUCCAACAUGGGAGAACUGCCAGACUCAGCUGACACGCUUGCAUAUCACUUGUGAGGGGACAAUUGAGGACGAUGGUUACGGAAUGCUGCAGGUGGACUUUGCGAACCGAUUCGUGGGCGGCGGCGUCACGGGCCACGGCCUGGUCCAAGAGGAGAUAAGGUUCAUCAUCAACCCCGAACUCAUCGUCUCCCGUCUCUUCACUGAAGCUUUGGAACACAACGAAUGCCUCAUCAUUACAGGCGCUGAGCAGUACAGUCGAUAUUCCGGCUAUGCUGAAACUUACAAGUGGGACGAGUGCUACAAAGAUGAGACUCCCAGGGAUGACUGGCAGAGACGAUGCACAGAGAUUGUGGCCAUUGAUGCUCUGAAAUACAAGCACUUCCUGGAACAAUUUCUACCUGAAAAGAUGACCAGAGAGCUCAACAAGGCAUACUGUGGAUUCUUCCGAAAUAAUGCCAACAGGAAGCACCUGUCUGCAAUAGCCACUGGCAACUGGGGCUGCGGAGCUUUCGGCGGAGACACGCGACUCAAAGCGCUGAUUCAGCUGAUGGCGGCGGCAGAGGCGGGCAGGGACAUGGCGUACUUCACCUUUGGCGAUGCGUCGCUCAUGCGAGAUGUUCACGACAUGCACACAUUUCUGACGGAGAGACAAGUCACUGUGGGGAGACUGUACGGCCUUUUGAACCAGUACUCCAGCUUGGUUUGCAAGAACUGCCGCACGUCGAGACCCCACGUCAGCCUCUACGAUUUCAUCUAUCGGAGGGUCUCUUCCCCUGCGACUGCCGAUGCCUUGGACUCUGCUAAGGACUCUGGGAUGUCCCCUAUAACGUCAGACUCUCAUUUAAAAAAAUAAAUGAAUAAAUAAAAAAACGGGGGACCUCCCAAACGUCCCUCCUCGAGGUCCAGAAACCGCCGUCGUGUGCUUACAAUCGCUCUUACAGGUGCAUCUCAAUCAUUAAAAUAUUGUUGAGAACAUUAAUUUCAGUAGUACAACACACAUAUUUUAUCGAUUUUGAGUGUAAAGAAUUGAGGCCUGCGGCGAAUUGCAAAAAUCCGCAAAUAAUUGCCAAUCGAUGACACAAGCUGUUUAAUUCAUCACAUUCUAUUUAAUGAUGUUAUUAUUCUGUUUUCUAAAGUACAUUAUUAUAGAGUGCUGUUUUCCUCGAGUGGGGGAGGCUAGAACAGAUUAAUGGUCUUGACAUUCAUUUCAAUGGGCAAAGAUGAUUUGAGAUGGGGAAUGUUCUGAGUUACAAGCGUGGUCAAGGAAUAAAUGACACUCAAAUCUCAAGGCACCACUGUACAUGUUUUCGAACAAUGCAUUUUAUUGAUUAUUCCUAACGUCUAUUAAAUGGGUCGCGACUUGGCGGCAAUAGGAAAAAGCGGGUCCCGACUCGUGACAACGGUCGAGAACCACUGGUGUGACUUCAGCCCGGUUCCUUGGCACCAAGAUGCCACAGGAUGGCGCUGUAGUAAUGAUUUGAUGUUGGACAGGGCUUUGGCCUGAUCACAGAAACAAUGAAUGGGGGAAUUUUCCAGCGAGUAACAAAGGAUAGGUUCCAAAAACAAUCCUCGACGGGGUGAAUUUGCAAAUAGCAAAUUGCGAAUAUGUGGGGUAACAUUAAUAUACCAUUUUUAAAAUUAUUUUUUUUUUUUAAUAAUUUUGUUGACGUUCCCAGAAAACAAUCACCAUCUCAAAAAAUGUAAUUACAUAAUGUUAGAUUUUUCCAUUAUGUUUGCCUAAUAGCAUAAUUGUCAAAAGUCAUUUUUAACUGACUCACGCUAUCAAUUAAAAAGUACACGUGCUUGGCAAAAAUAGUAUAUAUUAUUUUUCCCCCCCCCCUCUACUUUGUCUGUGUAGAUUCUCAGUCAUCCAGGUCACAGGUCACAGGUCAUGGUAAUCCGCAAAGGUUGAAUCGAGGCAAGUUGACUCUUUUUAUUUGUUCAGCUUUUCCUUGUUUAAAAAAAAAAAAAAAAAAAAAACUUUCAAAAAUGAUUUAGGCAAUUAUGCUAAUCAUUAUGCAAUCACAAUGAUUUUUUUAAUAUAUUGUAGACAUUGGUAGAAAUUGGCCAUUUUCAUGUUUAAUGACUGUAAAAUAGAUCUUUCACUUUUUGGGAAUUCAACUACUCAAAUCAAUGAACUCAUCUACAAUAUUGUUAUUUCUUGAGAUGCACUUAUACACACGCACUCCCUUUAAGUUUGUGAUUUCCCCAACACGCAAACUACCAAAACACAGGCCUGCCUUUCUCGCUGGUGGUCGGUGUGUUACGAGAGCCUUGGAGUAGUCGCUCGCCUAAUGUGGUGAAAUGUUUCCAAUUUCUAGCAAUAGUAAAUCCUUGUCACUGUUCGGCCUUUUUGGUCGUGAAAUCAUUGAAAUGUCACUUUUCCAUUGCAGACGACCGGCUCGGCUCGGCUCGGCUCGGCUUUACGCGGCUCCGCUCGUCUCGUAUUGGGGCAGACCACUGCAAAAAAAAAACAAGGGCAUUGAAUGCAUCAGUCAGAACGAGACGCGCUCGCAGAAAAACGGCAAUGGACGAGAAUUUUGCGGGGUGUGCCCCAAAAAUUGGAGCGGCGUGGUUAGCACAUCUGGCUCACAGUUCUGAGGACCGGGGUUCAAAUCCCAGGCCCGCCUGUGUGGAGUUUGCAUGUUCUCCCCGUGCUUGCUUUGGUUUUCUCCGGGUACUCCGGUUUCCAAAAAGUGCACGGUAGUUAGAUUCAAGACUCUAAAUUGCCCCCUGCGGCCAAGUGGAGACUGUGGCGUACACCUGUAAUGAACGUUAGCGAGUGUUCGUUUUUGUCAUUUCUAGCAGUCCUCAAAUGUCCCAAUGACAAAUGGGCCGCGUGCAUGCUUGUGGAUGUAACCCGGGACUUGAUGAUGCUCCAUCGUUAUCAGUCUUGUCUUCUCUUGUAUUUUAGCGAAAGAGGCCGUGAGUGACUGGGAGAUGCUGCGCUGUAGUCUAUGCAUGGGUAACAUACAGAGUAUAUCUCAUCAAGUAUUCCACACGUAUGUGCUCUUCUUUUAUAUCUUUGUUUGGCAUUUUGUUAUUUAAAUCAAACCUGAUCAAAUGACAACUGCGACUGACUUAUCAUCAUUCUUCUUCUUCUUAAAAAAAACCCCACCAUCCCUGCAUUAUGUAUGAACUGAGGGGCACGUUAAAUAUAUAUUUUUUAAUGUUUUUACACAGCUUUUUGCUCUUAUUUACUGUAAUUGAUGUAUGGACACUUUAACGAUGCUUUGAUGACAUAUCUAGUAACGGCUUGAAAUGUAUCGCAUCGUACCGUGCUGUCGCUUUUUAAGUGGCACUUCUUUUAUUAUGGUUGGGUAAUUAAAACAUAUCCUGAUCAA